AAAUUUCAACAGACAAUAACAAAAAUGGCGGAAUUGAAAAAUCCAGAGAUUUUAGAAAAUCAUGACUUUAAUGUACAAAUACCUCUACGAAGACUUUCAAAUGGAGAAAUAUUGAACAAUAUGUCUGUAAAUGAAACAAAUGGAGACAAGAAUGGACACGGAGAAAGCGAUGUUCCUGAUUUGGGAGAUCACUACCUUGUUCGAAGAUCUGAUGGAACUUGGCAUGCAGCAGAGAUUAUACAGACUAGGCUUACUGACAUGGUGGAAGGCAAACAUGAAUUUUAUGUACACUAUGAAGGGUUUAACAGAAGACUGGAUGAAUGGGUAAACAUGACUAGAUUUGAUCUAAACAACAAACUGGAGGACCAUUGUAAAAUAAAGGAUGUAUCUAUCACAAUGACAGAUCUCACAGACGAUCGUAAGAUAACAAGAAAUCAGAAAAGGAAACAUGAUGAAAUCAAUCAUGUUCAAAAGACCUAUGCAGAGAUGGACCCUACUACAGCUGCACUAGAGAAAGAACAUGAAGCUAUAACAAAAGUGAAAUAUAUAGAUAAGAUCCAGAUUGGCAGAUAUGAGAUAGACGCUUGGUACUUUUCUCCAUACCCUGAGGAGUACGGUAAACAGUCCAAGUUGUGGAUCUGUGAAUAUUGUCUUAAAUACAUGAAGUUAGAGAAAUCUUACAGAUAUCAUCAGACACAAUGUAUUUUCAGACAUCCGCCUGGCAAGGAAAUUUAUAGAAAGGGAACUAUAUCAGUGUUUGAAGUAGAUGGAAAAGAAAGCAAGAUUUAUUGUCAGAAUCUGUGUUUAAUGGCUAAAUUGUUUUUGGACCACAAGACAUUAUAUUUUGAUGUGGAACCAUUUAUGUUUUACAUACUGACAGAGGUGGACCGGUUCGGAUGUCACCUAGUUGGUUAUUUCUCUAAGGAAAAAGAAUCACCUGAUGGGAACAAUGUUGCUUGUAUUUUGACCCUCCCUCCAUUUCAAAGGAAAGGUUAUGGGAAAUUUCUGAUUGCAUUCAGCUAUGAAUUAUCAAAGUUGGAAGGCACAGUAGGGUCUCCAGAAAAGCCAUUGUCAGACCUUGGUAAACUUAGUUACAGAAGUUACUGGUCAUGGGUACUGUUAGAAAUACUCAGGGAUUUUAGAGGAACCCUGUCUGUUCGGGAUUUGAGCCAGAUGACCAGUAUCACCCAGCACGACAUCAUUAGCACACUACAAUCAAUGAACAUGGUGAAGUAUUGGAAAGGACAACAUGUCAUUUGUGUCACACCGAAACUUGUUGAAGAACAUCUCAAAAGUGCACAAUACAAACGUCCUGUUCUUCCUGUGGACAAUGGCUGUCUUCGCUGGGAUCCACUCAAAAGACCUGCUAAAAUGAUCAAAAAAUGAGCAUAGAUGUACAGCUAUACAAGAUAAAAAGAGAAAGAUACCAGUCUGUCUCACUGGUAUUCAAAUAAAAGAGAUACUCAAAGAGUUCAAUGACUGUUCAAUCAAGUGGAAUGGAUCAGUGUUUUGCCUUUCAUAAUCAGUUUUUAUUUUGCUAUAAAUGAAAAUUUUAGUGUUGUAGAAAACUUUGAAAAUGUUCCUGUUACUGAUAUAUUACAGCUGAAACCAUUAAAGAGUUGAUCUGUGAUCUUGCAAGUGGUUGGUUUUAUUUAGAUUGUAUGACAGUUAAUUUUUAAAAGGUUAGCAGUUUUAAAUCAAAUUGUUCAAACAAAACAUCUUUAUAUUGGUAAUUAGUAUUAGAAGUAGAUUUAGUUUGGCCUUUGCAGUCUUGGUUUCAACAUUAUUCUUGUGUUGCCUUCAUAGAUCUAUAUUUCAUGGUUAGUAUGGGGAUAUGUAAGGGCUGCUCAUCUUAAGCCAUGUUAAUCGGCACAUGUUCUAUUUUAUGAUUCAAAAUGCUUAUUUUUCUAUUUUUCCACCUUGAUUUCAGGGUUUGUUGGCACAAAUUUGAUGACUAGCAACACUAGAGUGGACCACUUAAUGAGAUGCACAUCCUAUGUGGCAUUAAACACUUGUAGCAACAUAAAUAGAAUUGAUCACUUACAAGAAAAAUUAGUAUCAGGUUGAUUGAUUAUUCUUGAAAUUAUUAAAUAAGUUUUGCUACAAAUCUUUAUUUUAUAUUCAAUUCUCAACUUGUCAUUUCAUUUUGCAAUUUCUUUUCUUUAAAAUUUCUUUUUGUUGAUAUUUAGGAACAAUGUGGGUCGGAAUUUCAUUUUUUAAUCUACUUGCAUUACUGUUUCCACAAGAAGGGAUGCAGGUUUAUCAAACAGUAUCAAGAUUUUUUUUUUUAUAAAUUCAAUGUAAGUGCUUCAUAUGUGGAUAUUUAAAGGAAUUUUAUCUUUGCAAAUAUAUUCAUUUUGUAGUGACUUUCAAAACACAUUAUCACAAAAGUUUGACAUGUAUAAUUGAUUUUAUGCAGUAAAAUCUGUUUCCAUCUGUUUAAAAAUUGUUUUUAAGGAAACAUUUUAUAAGUAUUUGCAUGUAAUUAUAAACAAAAUAUUGUACACAGGGUUUACAAAAACAUUACCUUUCCUAGAUUCUCCUCUUCUUAAAUGUCAGUAUACACAAAAUAAUAAUUAAAAUCAUUAUUUACAAUCUGUUACUUUUAUUUGUCUCCAUAUGUUGAAUUUUGUGCAAAGUUAUUGAUAAUUUUAAAAUAGGAAAGUAUGUUUCUGAUGUUUGAUAUACUCUUUUUCCACAAAUUACAAUUUCACAAGACUGUUCUGAAAUUAGUAUGUUAGUUUAAUGAAUAUAUUGAAACGAACAAUUUACUUGAGGUACAAGUGUAUGAUUUGAUUGGAUGAUAAUUUGUAUUCAAUGUAUAGACGUUCCUUUUAUUGUUACAUCAUAACAGACUAUGCUUAUUCAAAGUGAACUUAGACAUAAUCGUCACAUUUAUUGUGCAAAGUGUUUGUCGUUAUAUUUCAACAAACCUUGCUAUGUAUGUACAUCCUAGCAAUGUGUUUAUUGUUAAUAAAAUUGUUAAUAGAU